AACCCUGUCCCUGUCGGACCAGCUCAGAGCCACCUCUGCAGAAAGCCUCUGCACCCACCCGGAAAUGUCACUUCCUCUGAGCAGGCCUGAGCACUCUCCCAGCUAUCACGGCCCUGGCUGCCAGCAAGCUCCUCCCAGAGGCUCUGUGGCCUGCAGCAGCGGCCAGCGGAGGGGCCUGACAGGAGCAGGGCGCCAUGGAGGGUCAGCCCCACCACCGAACACCACACCCCACUGCUGCUCCAGCUCCCUCCCCAGCGGACACUGCGAAUCAGCUGGAGGACACUGGGAGUGUCCCAGGCCCGCUGGACCAGCCCAGUGACCCACCGACCGACCCACGGACCGGGACCAACAGAUCGCACUGCCUCCGGAGGUGGAGCAGGACCCAGCAGAUCAAAGACCCAGGCCCCAGCCGUCCUGAGCAAGGCCACAAGCCUGCCAAGCACAGACGUCCCCACGCCGCCACUACAGCAGCAGCUGCAAUGGAGGGUUAGCAAUAGGGCGCCAGCUCCCAGGCAGCACGCAGCGUUACGUGUUUGAAAAAAAGAUGACCAUUUAUGUGGACAUUCUGUCGGAGCGCUCUGUUACACAGAUGGUCCCCAAAACAUUCACAUAACCAACCUACUUGCUUAAGUGACAGAAAGUGAUUGUAUAUACUUAUGGGGUACCGUGUGCUGCUUGAUAUCUGUGUGCACGGGCAGAGAGUGAGCAGAGCUCCCCGAUGUGCCCUCUUCACCUCAUUGUUCCUUGGCCUGUAGCAUACUUUUCCCUGCCUGGCCUCAGAAGCCCAGGAGCCAGGUCUGAAGCAGGGGUUCCCACCCCGGGGUGCUGUGUGUCCUGCUUUUUAUCAGAUUCAGAACAAAUACCGUAGUGAUGUAAAGGCCAAGAAACAGAAUUCUAAAAGUUGCUUCAAUCCUGGCCUAUAAGACUGAGAAUUUAUACCGGGCGUGGUAGCACACACCUGUUAUGCCAGUACUUGGGAGGC